UUUGUUUUUAUUUUUGUGUUUAGGUUUUUAUAACGUUACACACUCUUCUUUCACUCUCUGCUUUUGCUCUCCCCGGCCGCCACAGCUCCUCAGCUCCACACUCUCACUGUUUCAGGAAAACAUUAAAGGAAUCUUUUUGAAGCAUCAGUAAUCAAUAAAACAGAGCUGAUAAUUGAAACCUCCUGGUAUGGCUCCUGCCCAACCAUUCACGGAGAUUGACCAAGACUGUAGACCAUCUAUCAAUGCAAAAGUAGAACUUGAUACAGAAAACAGGAGUUCCUUACCAAACUCGGCUGCGGAGGGUUUAGGGUGCAUGAAAAACUGUGAGGACACAGCCAUUAGGAUGAAUGGAGAAGAUAAGGUUUCAAUGUGCACUUCGGAUGUGGACGUUGAUAUAAUUGAAUGCAGAAAUAAUCAUAACAGCAGCCUACAGGCUGAAACUGAGGACCCCGAUGCAACUGAAUAUUCAAGCUCAUUUGCUGACACUAUGUCUGACACUGAGAAUUUUUCCGGAUUUAGUGAAGGAGAAGUGCAGUCUCAGUUUUUUGCGGACAAUGGUUUGGCAUCUGAUUUUGAUGCAUUUAGUAGUCCUUUUCAAAUGAGGAAGAAGAAAUUGACAAAUCACUGGAGGGACUUUAUACGCCCUAUAAUGUGGCGCUGCAAAUGGAUGGAAUUGAGAAUUAAAGAAAUUGAAUCACAAGCAUUAAAAUAUUCCAGAGAGCUUGCAAUAGCAGAUCAAAGAAAACAUUCAGGAUUUGACCAAUUUACUUUGGAAGAAUUUGGCUCAAAGUCAGUGCCGUUUUCUAGUCAAUGCCGCAGACAAAAAGCUAUGAAGAGGAGGAAGCGCAAGAGAGUUGAAGAGACAACUGAUAUAGCAUCAUAUAUGUCACAUCAUAAUGUCUUUUCCUAUCUUGAAAAUAAGAGAUCCGAUCCUGAUAGUACUUCUGUGGCUGAUGAAUUUAGUAAUGCAGUAAUAAUCACAGAGCAGAGUGCUGAUUACAAUGAUAAACUCAGCACUGGUGAUGACUGGUCGUUCUUUGAGUUCCGAGAUGGUGAUAAGUCCUUGGAGCAUGUCCUCUGGAAAAUUGAGACUGUGCACUCUCGGGUUCACAAGAUGAAGAAUCAAAUCGAUGUGGUAAUGUCCAAGAAUGCUUGUAGGUUUUCUUCCUCCGAAAAUUUAAGCCUUCUUGUACCUUGUGACGCUCCAACAAGCUCUGCCCAUAGUCCAGCAUUUUCUGCUGGCAAUGGAGACACAAUCUCUGCUGGAGCUAUAUAUACUUCAACUCAACAUAUAUCAGAGUACAAUCUCGGAGAUAUGGUAAUGCCUGAAAAUGCAGUGUCAAGUUUCGGGGAGGCAAUCGUUGUUCCUGAUAUAAUUGAAAGCACUGUAGGACUACUGUCUGCCAUUGAUGUCACCUUCCAUCAGCCACAGUUUGGAGACUCAAGCGAAGAUAUUGUGGAUAAUGUCCUGAUUCCUAAUGAGGCAGCUGAAGGAGAAAAGCACACUUUCGAAUUGAUAAGCGACCAACCUAAAGAGACUCAUGAGCAAUCAGACAAAGGCAUACAAGAAGAAGGUCCUUUUCCAACUCCAUCAUCAGAACCUGAUCCGUUGGUAGAUGCAUCUGUUCCUCAGGAGCAAUCUACUCUAGAAUCAUGUUUAGCUUCAGAUGUGAAUUUUCCUAGAAACAAGAGAAAGAGAGGAGAGCGAAGAGCUGGUUCAGUUGUUUGGAGCAAGAAAUGCUCGGGCGAGCCUGAUAGCUUAUGAGUUACAUUUCCUUGAGUAAUGCUGGUUCGUGAAACUACAGAGACAUUUCCUAUUCUUUUCUCACAUAAGUGGAUGCAAAUGUUUGUCUACAGUCAUGGUGAAUCAGCAUUUGUUGUAUAUAGGGAAAUGGUUCCAGUCCAAAAGUCAUGUAGUCCUUUGCGGUGCUACCGCAUACGCAGUCCAUAACACAGUCCACAAGUCGUGUAUUAGUUCUCUUAAUUUUGUGGGAAAAGAUUAGUGUAGUCUGACAACUGAUGUAGAACUGGCAUUUUCAAAGUGACGAGUUGGUCAUCAAUUUGCUGUUCCAUUGAACAAAAAUAGACGUCUGAAACCAUAAAAUUUUCUUUUUUUGCA